AUGUCACACAUUCAAUUUGCUGAUGAACUUAUUCGUGAAUAUUUAAUGUUUCGCGGUUUCGGUGGAGCCUUAAAAGCAUUUGAUGCAGAUUUAAAAUUAGAUAAAGAUAAGGGGUUCAGGGUUGAUAAAAUUGUUGAUCAAUUGUUUCAACAUGUUUACAAUUACGAUUUGAUUAGUUUAAAAGAAACUUGGAAUCAUUUAGAUUCACGUUUGUUUGUUAGACUUGAACAACAUUUUGCUUCGGCUGUAAAAAAAUUAGAAAAUGCUGUCUUGAAGUUUUAUUUAGUUAACGCCUCGGAAAAUGGAAAGCACGACAAAAUAACUGAUUUUUUUGCUAAACUCACAGCUGAGCUUGUCAAUCAAAGCGAAUGGAAAGAAUGGUUCGUGUUUCCAUUCAUAAAAAAUCCUGAAGAACAUACUGUUUUUGGAAUAUAUUUUAGCAAGCAAUGGCAAGAUACACUGCAAAUUUCCUUACAUAAUUUUUUAGCUGCUGUGUACCAAUGUAUGCCACAGCCGACAUUAACCAAUUUCGAGGAAAAUGCAUCUAAAAUGGUAGCCCUACAAAAAGAAAAUGAUAUCAUCAGAAAGGGUCUUAUUAAUUUAUUAAAUAAUGAUAAAAAAAUUAUGGGUACAGAGUCAGAUUCAGGGUUAGAUAUUGAAGAAAUAAUGGAUGAUUUUUUUAAUAUUGCUCAAGAAUUAAAAACAAGUGAGAAUCAAGCAAAUUUACUACAAACCAUUAUGAAAAAUAUUGGAUCUGUGCCUCUUAGCCCGAAAAAUGAUUCAAAAGAACCACCACAAUUUUGUAGAAAUAGUCAAAGAAAACAUUCACUAAAAAAAAUUCCUCCUACUAAAAGAUCUUUAUCGACAGAUGGCAGACCCACUUAUUUUAAAUCUAGAGAAAGGGAAUCAUCAUUAGAUGUGAUUAGUGCCAGACGAGUUAAAGACAAUACAUUAAAAAAAGAAGAUGUACAAUAUGAACAGGCACAGGAAGGAAAUUUACUAUUUUUAAGUUUGGAAGAAUAUUGUGAACAUAAAACCCAAAUAACAAGAAUUAAAUUUAAUAAUCAAGGAAAUUUAAUAGCAUCAGCAGAUAGAGAGGGGAAUUUAAAAAUAUGGAGUUCUUCUCCUUUAUGCAAAACUGUCGCAUGUUUUAGUAACAAAUACUCAAUUUUAUGCUUGGAUUGGGUUCCAAACCAUGAUAGAUAUGUAAUUUGUGGAACAAGCAAUGGUUUUGUGACAUUAUACAAUACUAAAGAUGUUAAAGCAAUGUGGAGUAUUAAUAUUGAGAAUGAGAAUACCUCAGGGAAAGGAGUUGUUGAAAUAGCAUGCAGUCCAGCUGAUCCGACAGUCAUAGUAAUUCUCGGGGGUAAAUUAUUUGUAAUAGAUCUAAGAUCUCGAAAAGUAGAGAAAUCAAUAAAUAUAAAUUACUUUGCAACAUGCGUAAAAAUGAAUCAUAAUGGACAGUUGGCAUUGGUGGGAACUCGAGAAGGAACAGUUUUGCUUUUAGAUUAUCGUAAGAAUGACAUAAUUGAAAAGUGGACAUAUCAUAAAUAUCCUGUCACUCAAAUUGAAAUUGCAGCAGAUUACACUCACUUUUAUUCUCUGGCUAAUGACAAGAUUUGUUCCAGGUCUCUACAUCAAGUUAAUAGCAAAAUUCUAACCUUGAAUAUUCCAGAAGAAAUGAAAGUUCAUCCAGAAAUACACGGACGAAUGUUUUGUCUUGAUAAUACGGGAUCCCUACUCUUGGCUGCCGGAUUAAAUCGCGGUGUAAUAUUUAAAGUAUGCGAUUCGAAUUUAGUUAAGAGUUUAGAAUUAGGAGGUCAUAAAACAAUGCUUACUUGCGUGGAUUGGUCAUUUGCUAAUCAAUGUGCCACUUGCGUCACAGCAUCUCAAGAUGGUAAAAUAAAAGUAUCUACGUUAUUAGUCAAUUCUCUUGGAUGUUUGUAA